GUAUUAUAUUUUAUUCUAACGAGAGACACGAAAUAAUUAUUAUUUCUAUCAUGUUCAUAAAAUUAGUAAAGUGUAUCCCACUGCUACCAUUAUAAAAAUCUAUUAUCUCUGACUGAAAAAAAUCAUCGAAGAAAAUGAGAUCGGAAGCUCCCAUUCAUGUCCUCCUUAUUUCUUAUCCAGCACAAGGACACAUUAAUCCUUUGCUUAGUCUAGCAAAGUGUGUUGCUGCAAAGGGUGCUUCUGUCAUUUUCAUCACAACAGAAAGAGCUGGAAAAGACAUAAGAACUGUUAACAACAUCAUUGAAAAAUCAUUCACUCCAAUUGGUGAUGGUUCACUCACUUUUGAGUUCUUUGAUGAUUGUUUAGAAGAUGAUGAUCCUAUUAGAGGAGAUAUUACUGGCUACAUAGCACAGCUCAAACUUGUUGGAAAACCCUUUGUUUCUCAAAUGAUCAAGAAUCAUGCUGAGUCAAACAAACCAAUUUCAUGUCUCAUAAAUAAUCCCUUUCUUCCUUGGGUUUGUGAUGUAGCUGAUGAACAUGGUAUUCCUUCUGUUUUAUUAUGGGUUCAAUCCACCGCUGUUCUUACCGCUUACUACAACUAUUUCCACAAACUGGUACGUUUCCCUUCAAAUGAAGAACCUUAUAUUGAUGUUCAAUUACCUUUUGUAGUUCUUAAACAUAAUGAAAUCCCAGAUUUUCUGCAUCCUUUUAGUACAUUUCUAUCAUUUGGGACACUCGUCUUAGAACAAAUUAAGAAUUUAUCUAAAGUAUUUUGUGUUUUAGUAGAAACCUAUGAAGAACUAGAGCAUGAUUUCAUUGACUAUAUUUCAAACAAAUCAAUCCUCAUAAGACCCAUUGGUCCAUUGUUUAACAACCCAAACAUUAAAGGUGCAAACAAUAUCCGUGGUGAUUUUGUUAAGAGUGAUGAUUGUAAUAUUAUAGAGUGGCUAAACUCAAAGACAAAAGGUUCUGUGGUUUAUAUUUCUUUUGGUACUGUUGUGUACCUUCCUCAAGAACAAGUGAAUGAAAUAGCAUAUGGGUUAUUGGAUUCUCAAGUAUCGUUUUUGUGGGUAUUAAAACCACCUGUUAAGGAAGCUGGGCUAGAGCCACAUAGUUUGCCAGAUGGGUUCUUAGAGGAAACAAGUGAGAGAGGAAAAGUUGUAAAAUGGAGUCCACAAGAACAAGUACUUGCUCAUCCUUCAGUGGCAUGCUUCAUAACACAUUGUGGUUGGAAUUCAUCAAUGGAAGCACUUUCUUUGGGAGUUCCAAUGUUGACAUUUCCAGCAUGGGGUGAUCAAGUCACAAAUGCAAAAUUCUUGGUAGAUGUUUUUGGAGUAGGGAUUAGGUUGGGUUAUAGUCAUGCUGAAAAUAAAUUGGUGACAAGAGAUGAGGUGAAGAAGUGCUUGUUGGAAGCAAUGGCUGGGGAAAAAGCAGAGGAGUUGAAGAAAAAUGCAAUCAAGUGGAAGAAAGCAGCGGAGGAUGCGGUUGCCAUAGGUGGAUCAUCUGAUCUGCAUCUUGAUGCAUUUAUGCAAGACAUCAAAAAAUGUGGCACUGUUAAUAUUCAAAAGACAUGAUAAAGUAGAACCAAGAUUGCCCAAUGAUUCGGAUUUCAAAUUGGAUAUUUUUUAUUUAAAAAAAUAAAAAUAAAAUCUAUAUUGAAAUCUUGAAAUCCACUUGACUCGUGAACUUCUAAAACAACGAUUCUGAAUUGGUGUUUUAUGUUAUAUUAUUUCACUUGUUUCAUUAACCUUUUAAGUUAUGGUCAUGUUGUAUUGUCGUCCUUUAAUGUUACAUUUUAUGGUUGUGCCAGUGCCACCCUAUUACCCUAUUUAUGUUGGUGCUUUUUGUAAUCGUUAUUUUAUGUCUUUCCAAGGAUAUUUAAUGAGUUAUUGUUACUUGGAUUGUACCUUAUUGAUCCAA